UAACGUCGAAUUUGACCGGCAGGUUUCAUUUUUACCGUUCCAGCAUUUUACCGCCUAUACGAGCCCUGACGCGGCCCUAAGGAAACAUUUCUCUUUCUUACCCUCUCUCAUUAUCAAUGUCCUGCUUGUACUAAGAGAUGACGAAUGCUGUUGCGUGAAGACGAGAAAGAAAUUUCGUCACUGGGAUAUCAGCUGUUUCUCUGCCCCAACCUGUCUAUGCUACCUUUCUGACAUAUAUUUACCCCCAACUUUGUCCUUCAAAUCAGUCCCCUGCCAUGCAACCACUCACUUCCGCAAUGACGACAUUCAAAAAAUCGCUAUUGGCGGCUCUCAAGUCGUUCCUCCGAGGCAGGUCCUUCUUGCAAGCCUUGUUUGCCUUUUGGAUUAGCCCGAAGACUCUGAAGGAGCACCAAGUCGGUGGAACGAAGGUAUAUCCAUCCAGAACCAUCGAAGAGUUUUUGAGAGAAGCAGAUAAGCUUCUGUUGGGCCCCCUCGAAGGAGAUAGGCUACAUAUGUAUUCGUUGGACCUCAAGAACCAGUUUCGGGAACGGUUACACACCCACGCAGAAUGCAUGCUUCCAUCAUUUAACCACCUACUCCCCACCGGAAGGGAACGAGGCCAAUACCUUGCUCUCGAUGUCGGAGGAUCAACAUUGAGGGUUGCCCUGGUGGAGUUGAGGGGUCGGGGAGUAACUGCGAAGGAGAGUGAAAUUAUUCGGAUGGUUAGCUUCAAGAUCACGUCAGAGAUCAAGAAAUUAGAAGGCAUGAGUUUCUUCGACUGGAUGGCAGCUCGAAUAUUCGAAGUUGUUCAUAAAGAUAUUUCGUCUGAAAAAGACUUGAUACCAAUGGGUUUGGCCUGGAGUUUCCCCGUUGAACAAGUGUCAUUGGGAGGUGGACUGCUGCUUGGCAUGGGGAAAGGGUUCCUAGCUACGAAUGGGCUGCUAGGUCAAGAUCUAGGUGAACUCAUUAGAUUUGCCUGCAAGAAACAAGGUCUUAAUGUCCAGCUUACUGCCAUUGUCAACGAUAGCUCAGCAACAUUAUUAUCACAAGCAUAUGUCCACGGAUCAACGCACUUCGGUCUGAUAUUGGGCACUGGCACUAAUAUUGCUGUUCACCUACCUGUAUCGGCCUUUAGUCGUGUCAAGUACGGCAACCGGCCAGAGAGCUGGUUCGAGUUCGCAGAUCACGUCAUCGUGAAUACGGAGUUGGGCAUGUUUGGAAAGGAUAUACUACCUCUAACGCGAUGGGACGAGCUUUUGAAUGCGAACCACCCAAGGCCCGAAUUUCAACCACUUGAACAUUUACUCAGCGGCUUCUAUCUGGGGGAAAUUUGCCGCCACGCUAUAGUCGAGGCGGUCGAGACGACAGGCCUGCUAGGUGGCCAAUUACCUCCAUCGCUAGAGAAACCGUACUCGCUUGAUACUGAAAUACUGUCGAGGAUCGAGGCUGAUACCACACCUACACUUGAAAAGGCUUUGGAAGAUUUCACGACGCACUACCCCUGUGCCACACCGCCCACUAUAUCCGACAUCAAUGCAAUCCGUACCCUCGCUACCUUCAUCUCGCGGCGGUCGGCUGCACUUCUAGCCGCUUCGGUGUUCUCGCUUUGGGAGCUAAGGCAUGAGACAGAAGCGGAGCAAGCCGUUGUGACGCCUAAGCGUGCCCCUUCCAAUGACAGUGCCAUAGUGUUAUCGUGCCCCCCUAUCGAUGAUCGUAUCGACGAGGUCGAGGCUGAGGUCAGUACCAAGGUCGCCUUCAAUGGGUCCGUCAUCGAGCACUAUCCACGAUACCGGGAGACUUGCCAACACUACAUCGAUGAUCUCGUCUCCCGUAGUGAACAUACCGGCUCUAUCGAUCUCGUUCCUGCCCUCGAGAGCUCAAUUCUCGGGGCCGCAGUCGCGAUUGCGUGUGCCACAACUCCUGAAGUAUAGAAGCAAACCAGGGACGAUCUACGUUGUAUAUAGAUGUCAUUAAUACCUUCACGUUGGAUUUUCUUGCUUUGGUGUAAACAAAACCAUAUGCGCACAUAGUUCUACCUGAUGAUAAUGGAGAUGGCGAGAGACGAGCAAGAUAUCAAACUUCUUUUUAUAUUAUGUUACGGAGGUGAAGGAUGUACAGGGGUCGUCGUCUGGUCAUGUGGCAAACGAGCAAGGAGCUUUUCUUCUUUUCUUUCUCCCUAAACGGAAGCAUCUAGAAGGCGUUGGUGGUAGAAGAACAACAUGCAUAAUGAAAUACUCUUGGAAUAAGUGCGAUGCAAGCUGCCACUACAUACAUAUGUAGGUACUAGGCUAGGUACCU